AUGUCUGCCGAAGUUGCGCCCACGCUGUCGACGCCCGAGAUCCCCAGUGUGGCCACUCCCACCCUCCCCGUGCCCGACAUCAAGAUCAUCAAACGCCAGCUCAACGGCUACGUCGGCUUCGCCAACUUACCCAAACAAUGGCACCGCAAACUGGUGCGCCGUGGGUUCUCCCUCAACCUCAUGGCUGUAGGCGAGGCCGGCCUCGGUAAGGCGACGUUGAUCAAUACUCUUUUUAACCGCGAAGUGUUGCCGGCGCUGGACUACGACGGGCCUGACUACGAUGCUGACGAAGUCGGCGUGCGCAUCAAGACGCUGUCGGCGGAGAUUGAAGAAGAGGGGGUUAAAUUAAAGGUCAACGUCAUCACCGCUCCUGGGUUUGGCGAAUCCACUAACAAUAACGACGCCUGGAAGCCCAUUGUCGAGGAAAUCAACCACCGGUUCGAUCUUUACCUUGAAGCGGAACUGAGAAUCAACCGCUCCACCAUCAACGACGAACGCAUCCACGCGUUCUUGUACUUUAUCGAGCCCACCGGCCACUCGCUCCGGCUGUUGGACAUCGCCCUCAUGAAGCAGGUCCACGAAAAGGUGAACCUUAUCCCCGUGAUCGCCAAAAGUGAUACUUUGACCGAAGAAGAGAUCGCCGAAUUCAAGUUGCGUAUCCUCGACGACUUGGAAUACCAGGGGAUCAAGACGUUCCGCCCGUCGGAACACGUUGACGAGGAUGAAGACACCACCGCCAUCACUCGCCAGAUAUAUAAGCAGUUCCCGUUUGCGGUUGUGGGGUCGACCAAGGAAGUGGAAACCCCCGACGGUCGUCGCGUGCGCGGGCGUAAGUACCCCUGGGGGGUCAUCGAGGUCGACAACGAAGAGCACAACGACUUCAUCAAGUUGCGCCAGUUAUUGAUCCGCAACUUCUUGGAAGAAUUGAAGGAACGCACCCUGAAUGUCCUCUACGAAAACUACCGUACCGAAAAGUUGCUGCGGAUGGGUAUCGACCAGGACGAAUCGGUGUUCAGAGAGUUCGACCCAUACUCUCGCCAGGAAGAAGAAAAGGCGUUGCACGAAGCCAAGUUGGCAAAGAUGGAGGCCGAAAUGAAGGCGGUGUUCCAACAAAAGGUGUCGGAAAAGGAAAAGAAGUUGCAGAGAUCCGAAGCCGAUUUGUUUGCUCGUCACAAGGAGAUGAAGGACAAGUUGGCCAAGCAAAUCAAGCUUUUCGAGGACAAAAAGGCCCAGUUGGAAAAGCAAAAGACGUUACCCCAGGACCCGACGCCCGCGGCGCCGCAAAAGCUGAGAAAGGGGUUCUUGCGCUAG